GCCCUUAUCGAGUAAAAAAGGGAAAAAAGAAUUCGAGUGCUACAGUGUUUUUUUACGCUUCACGGCCCGAAAAACAGCGGAGUUCCUCCAGAGUGGCCCGCAGUACACGUGAGAGAGAAACUUAGAUGCAUUCGAGUUUGUAGUGCACCCGAGUGCCACCCCGCCCCUGCUCCACACGCACCAGCGAGAGACGUGAGCGCAGCAGUGUCGCCGCAGCCCAGCCCCAGCUCUAACUGCUGCCCCCGAGCCCGAGCCAAGUAGCAAACGGUGCAGAGGAUCAUCAUCAUCGUCGUCGUCCCAUCGCAAUGGCCAACAACAAUCAACUGAUGAAUCUCAUCGCGUCGGCCCCCGCCAACAACAACAGCCCCAAGCCCCUCUACGACCUGUCCCUGCAUGCAUCGAUCUGCAGCCUGGAUGGGAACACGGUGCCAGCACUGGAUCGGAUUAGCCGGUUGCCGGAGCUGCCGCGCAAUUUGCUUAUCGAUGUCUACGAAAUGAUGUCGCAGCGGGAUUCCCUACAGGACACCCUGCUGGAGGAGCUCUCGCGCCUGGAGGUGUUCGCACGGCUCGUGCGCCACGCACCAGCACGCAGCAAACUGCUGAGAAUUGUGGCCGCCCUGAUGGCCAACAGAAAGAUGCUCGCUAGCCGACUUAGCGAGGCCUAUGUGGGUCGCUACAGCACAAAAAAGGAGCAGGAUGGCGACGAGGAUGGGGAGCAGCCAGGCGAACAUCAGGGGAGAGGAGGAGGAGGUGCCGAGGGGCAAGAACAGUCGCAGGACAGUCUGGAUGAGCGGGCCAAACAGCUGCUGCAGGAGUACAGCCAGCUGCCGAUACCGGACGAGGAUAUGGCCAGCACCAGCAGCAGUGCCAGUGCCAUGGCCAGGGCCAGAUCCAGCCAAACGGAGUGCCCCAACCAUGAGCUCGAACUCAGUGUGAUUACUACUGCCAUGGAUCAGCCAGGAUCUACAACGCCGAAUGCAGAUGCAGCUGCAGCUGCAGCCGAUGACGACCUGGACGAACUGAACGGGGAGGAGCUGCAGGAAAUUGAUCUGGGUCUGCGUCUCGGUUCGUUCCUCUCCGAGGCCGGUUGGAUGCAGGAGAGCAUCUCAGUGCUGACGUGCCUCAACGAAAGACUAAAGCGUCUGGCGCCCCACAAGCACUGGCUGGUGAUGCGCCUUGACUGCCUGCAGCGCCUCCUGUAUGCGGAAUCGGCCCACUGUAACUUCAAGCUGGCCCAGCGCACCUACAACGAACUGAUAGAGCUGAAGCGCUCAAUUAGCGACCGGGUGCCCUCGGAUCUGGUGGCCAUGACCUACACACAGAUAUCGGCCAUGUUCUUUGCCCGCAACGAGUACAACAACAGCCACAUGUGGAGCCUGCAUGCGAUGCGUCGCCUCAAGCACUCGGCCACACCGCGCAUCGCCAUCGAUGUGCUGAGGCAGGCGGCCAAGGCCUGUGUGGUUAAGCGAGACUUUGCCCGGGCCAAUCUGUUAAUCUGUCAGGCUGUGCGACGCGCUAGGGAACACUUUGGCCGCAAGCAUCAAAAGUACGGGGACACCCUCCUGGAUUAUGGCUUCUUCUUGCUUAAUGUGGACUCGGUGUUCCAGUCGGUGAACGUGUACAAGGAGGCGCUGGGCGUCCGUCGCGGCAUCUUUGGCAACAUGAACUUCCAUGUGGCCAUUGCCCACGAGGAUCUGUCGUAUGCGUACUACGUGCACGAGUACAGCACCGGCGACUUUAGCUGUGCCCAGGACCAUGUGGACAAGGCUGUGGGCAUUAUGAAGAAGCUGGUGCCCAGCAACCAUCUAAUGUUGGCCUCGGCCAAGCGUGUGAAGGCCCUGCUGCUGGAGGAGAUUGCACUGGACAAGAUGGCCGAUGGCAUGGACGAGGAGGAUCUACUGCUGCAGUCCGAGGAGCUGCAUAACUUUGCAUUGCUGCUCUCGCUCGAGGUAUUCGGCGAGGUGAACGUGCAGACGGCCAAGCACUAUGGCAAUCUGGGGCGGCUCUAUCAGACAAUGAACCGCUUCGAGGAGGCCGAACGUAUGCAUCAGAAGGCAAUCAAGAUCAAAACGGAUCUGCUGGGGCCGUUCGACUACGAGGUGGGCCUCUCCAUUGGCCACCUGGCCUCGCUCUACAACUACCAAAUGAAAAAGUACCGCGAGGCGGAAAAGCUCUACCUGCGCAGCAUCGAUAUAAGUCUACGUCUGUUCGGGCUGUCGUAUUCCGGCCUGGAGUACGACUAUCUGGGGCUGUGUCAUGUCUACGAGACGCUGCAUGACUUUGAGAAGUAUCUGCAGUACGCGCACACGCUGGAGAACUGGCAGAUGCUACGCGGCCAGAACAUCACCCAGAAUAAGUUCAGCUACCCCGCCAUCGAGCAGGACUACUCCAUCGAUGAGGUCAAAAACAAAUUCUAUGACACGUGCGAGAGCAGCAGCAGCAGCAGCCCCCAGAAAACGGAGGGAAAGUGAGCCAGGGAGGGAGCAUCGUCAUGGAGCAGCAGCCGCACUGGAGGCGGCAUCUGUUGUAUGGCAUAGCGAUAGGGUUUAUCCACCCAAUGCACUGUGUGCAAUGCACCCCCCUCCCCCUUGCUCUAUACAUACUUUUUUUUUAUUGUAAAUAUUAUGUCCUGUGUCCAGCAUGGACACACGGAUGCAGCAGAUUGAUUAGCCUUGUAUUCUUUUAUUUUGUUUGUCAUUUCCAUCGAAUAAGUCCAAAACGUAGUUAAAAAUAUUUAGUAGGGCCCCCAUACCCAGGAGUCAGAGCAGCCACGUAGCCAGCAAGCCAGCCAGUCAGCCAGCAGUAGGUAAUCGUAUCGUAUCGUAUCCACUAUCCACUAUUAAGAACCAUCGAAUACGUCCAGUUCCACGCCCCCCGUCAGUUAGCAGUCAGCAGCAGUAAGGCGGUUACCCCACACCUCUCCCCCCUGCCCUAGGCUAAGUUCCAAUUGAAAGUUGAAAGUUAGGAAGCAAAAAAAGAGUAUUGCUAGUUUUUGCUGAUACGAUAUCUUGAUAUCUUUGAUUUUCCACACAUAUUUUUAUUCGUCUUAUUUGGUUUUUGUUUAUUGUGUGUGUGUGUGUGUGUGUGUGUGUGUGUGCGUGAAUAUUUGUUAAAAAUUCACUGAAAAGCAAGCAGUUGAUUAUCGUUCUUAAAAAGUUCUUAAUUUUGUUUUUUUGAUGGUUUAUAGUUAAUUACACAUGUGAUUGAGAUGAUACGCAAAAAAGAUAGCGAUAGCUACAGCAGCUUUCCAUAUAGAGAAAAUAUUGUUUAUUUUUUUAAGCGCAUGCCCGGGCAACAACUGUCCUCGAUUAAUUAGAACGAUUUUGUAGCACAAUUUGAAGUUUAAUUUCGAGGCUACCCCGCCAACGACCAACCGCCAAUUCCCAAACCCUAACCGCCAACCGCCACCGCCAGUAAAUGCUAACUAGAAGCGAGAAGAAAACAAAAUGUUGUAUAGACGACCGGAGAAGGAAUAAGCGAAAAAAAUGUAUAGUUCUAAGCACAAUCAUUAUCCACUAUGAUUAAUAUUUCAUACCGAUGGUAGCUGAUGCGUGCACACAUGUAACAAGUAUUUGCAGCUAAGUAGUAGGCACACCCAGAGCCAUCCUCAUCCACGUAUGCCCACGUGGAAAACAAUGAAGUGGACGGAACCGGUGGGAGCGAUAAUCGUACGCCGUAUGUGGUAGCGGCAAGAAGCCACCAGUGACAUCUACAAACAUUUAUGAGUAAAUUUCAUACACAAUUGAAACCCAAUACACGUAUACUUAUGAACAUUGCAGUUGCAAGCAAUUUUUGGCAUUACUUAGCAGUAGCUUAAGAGCAACGUCGUAAAUCUCAAAAUAAAUACAAAAACCAAUCAAA